AAAUUUACCAAGAGUUUUGGUUCGGUUCUUAAUUGCUAGUUAAUUACUUGACGAUUGGUUAAUUUUCAAAAUUAAAUCAACGUGAAGGUGAUUUGAAAUCAAUGGACAAAUUGAUUAGUUAACAAAAAUUUUCAAAAUUUCGGUCUCAUUGUGAUUUUUUUGUCAAUUGUUCCAAGAUUUGUAAUCAUUCAAAACAGAAAACAAAUUGUCCAAAAUCUAAUUUAAUUGUGAAACAAUUAAGUCAAAAUUAGGAACAUAAAUUGUUAACUUAAUUGUUUCUUUGUCUGAAAAAAAGUUGACUAGAAAAAGUUUUUGGUUUGGCUUUACCUCUAAUCCAUUGUUAACCUUAACACUACCAGUUAAUUGUUUAUUAUCCUGAUAAUUACAGUGAUUGUUUUUCAUGAUUAUCGAUCUCUGAGUGACCAAAGGUCAUGUAAUCAGUUGAUAUAAACCAAUCCUGUUACUUUGAUAUUCCUUUUCUUUUAAAAAACAAUCCAUGACUGAUUCAUUUUUGGUGUUUACCUUUUGUUUUUUACCAUUGGAGGCAAACCAUUUACUUAUUAUUAUCGACAAUUCAAUAUUAUGAAUCUAUUUCGAUCUGUUUUCGACAAGUUUAAUUAUCGACCUAAUUACGAGACUUCAUCAAGCUUCAGGAUGACCUUAAGGUUAAAGAAAUUUUUCUCUCCAAGUGUCCGUCAAGUGUUGACCAUCAUUGGAAUCAUUUUGAUGAAAUGCUGGAGAAAUAUUCUUUUACUAUUAACCAUUUUUUGUAUAAUUCUGGUUCUUUUGGGUUUCUGGUAUAUUAUUUUCUUUACCCCGUUGGCUGUUGUCUAUUUUCUUUGGAAAUUAAGUGACGAUUUAAUCUAUCACCCUGAUAGUCCACCCGAUUCUAGGAAAAAUGUCGCUUCUCCUUCAACGGUUCAACUUCCGUUCACUGAUCUCUACCUUACAACCGAGGAUAAUGUUAAAAUCCACUGUAUGUUCAUUCAACAACGUGACACAGAUUCCAGAUCAUCGGGUGAAUCACCGGCCACUUUUCUCUAUCUCCAUGGAAAUGCUGGAAACAUUGGCCAUCGAUUGAAUAACGUUGCCGAGCUGUUUCAUUUUCUCAAAGUUAAUAUCCUUCUAGUUGAAUAUCGAGGAUAUGGUUACAGUCAAGGGAGACCAAGUGAAAAAGGACUUUACAAAGAUGCACAAGCAGCGUUAGAAUUUCUUCAUAAAAAGGCCAACAUUGAUAAGAAUAAAAUUAUUCUCUAUGGAAGGUCACUUGGUGCCGCUGUAGCGAUCAAUCUAGCGACAGUUGCCCGAUAUCGAAAUGCAUUCUCAUGCCUAAUUGUUGAAAAUACGUUUACCAAUUUACCUGAUAUUGCGAAGAUUGUUGUUGAUAAUGUUUUCAUUAAAUGGCUUCCAAAUUGGGUCUUUGGUAAUCGUUAUGAUUCAAUAUCCAAAAUUUCCAAUAUAAAAGUGCCAAUUCUAUUUCUUUCUGGACUUGCCGAUGAAAUUAUUCCUCCUUCAAUGAUGACCAGUUUAUUUCAAACAUCGACCAGUCCAAUGAAAUUAAUUCAUACCUUUCCAAAUGGAAAUCACAAUUUCACUUGGAGAUGUGAUGGUUAUUACCAAGUAAUUAACAAUUUUUUAAUCAAAGUUUUCACAGAUUAUUCGCACAUUGAAACCUUUCUGACAAACGAUUCUGAUAAUCUGAGUGGAAUUGAUCAAAUUCAUACAAGUGAAGACGACGAAAGUGAUGAGGAUGAAAUUGAAACUUCCACUGGUAUUUAUCAUCGACUUCCUGUGUAAAUGGAUCUGAAAACAUUCAUCUCUCUCUUUUUACUCUAAUUCUAAAUCAAUCUAUAAUUUCCUACAAGUUUAAUUAUCAUUAUUAUUAUUUAUUAUUAUUCUUGUAACAAUAAUUUAAGAUUGAUGAUGAUAAUUAUUUUCUGUGAUAACGAGAAGAAAAAUCAACAAUCAAUCAAAAUGCGACCUAAUUAUAUGUAUAUUUUCCUGUUUCCAAUUUGUUUUCAAUCGAUUAUCUUAAAUUGUAUGCUAAUUAGUGCCUAGUGUUUUAAUUGUGCAGACUUUAAAUUGUCGCAAUCAAAUUGAAUCAAUCAACAUGUUCACAAAUUACGAUUGACUUUCUGCACAAUUGGUGUCAAUAAAUCAUAUCCUCUUUUUACCAAGUCAAAUUCAAUAAAAUUUAUCCACUCAAAUUUA